CGCAACUUUGACGCAACCGUAGAGCCGAGGCCAAAGUAAAAACAGAAGAGAAACAACCUUUCCUCCAUGGCCAACUUCUGCUGACGGAGAAUUUUCUGGAACGUUCGGGAUUGUUUUAGCUUAGCAAUGGCCGAGACCCAGAGAUCCACGGGCACGGUAAAGUGGUUCAGCGCUCAAAAGGGGUUCGGGUUCAUUGCUCCGGACGAAGGUGGUGAGGAUCUCUUCGUCCACCAGACCUCGAUCCGGUCCGACGGGUUCCGCACCCUCUUGGAGGGUCAGCCGGUCGAGUUUUCCAUUGACUACGGCGAAGACGGCCGCACCAAGGCCGUGGAUGUGACUGACCUCUCCAGAUCUCGCCGCCCGGGCUUUAGUCGCGGAGGUGGCAGGGGAAGAGCCGGUAAUUUCAGUAGAUAUGGUGGCGGAGGCUUCGCUAGUGGUGGUUACGGUAGGGGCAGUGGUCAGAGAGGUGGAAGGAGCAGCGGAGGCUAUGGUCUUGCUACUGGUGUUGGCGGUGGUGGUGUUGAGUGUUACAAUUGUGGGCGAAUCGGUCAUUUGGCUCGGGAAUGUUAUGAACAAGGUAGUGGAGGGGGCGUUGGCGGUGGCGGUGGAAGCCGGAGAUACGGGGGUGGCCACGGAUACUCUGGUGGUGGCGGUGGUGGAGUGUGCUAUAAUUGUGGGGAGGAAGGGCAUUUUGCGAGGGAUUGCCUUAACAUUUAGAAUAUUCGAACUUGGGUGUCCAAGUGAAAUGGGCUUAUAGAUUUUUCUGGGUUUGUUACAGAUUUUAUUUUAUUUGAUUUCAUUUGGUGCUUGGAGAUUGUUCUUAUCUUCUUGGGGAUGGAAUGCUCGGUGAAGAUGAAUCAGAAGCGCUGUCUUCUUUUUUCUCACCGAUUGUUUCUCGUUGUUGGGUUUUUGGGUGUAAGCUUGAUUACCAAAUACCGAUAUUUCGUAAUAGAUUCUUCUUCUUCUUC